UCAGUUCCGUUCGCAGUAUAUAGUUAAAAAGGUGCUUAUUGUUAGUUCCAAGACAGCAGUGAGUUUACAAAUAUAAUGCACUUUGAAAUUCAUUUUUCAAAUUUAAAAAGUCAAGUGCUAACAAUGAAAGACAUUUAUCAAAAGAUUUCUUCAAAUUUAUAAGGAAGACUCAAAUAACGCAUGGACAAAUGGCUACAAGAUAGAAAGCUCUGGCUAUUUGGGAGCACUCUUCCUUUGCUUCCACGAAGGUCGCGUGCCCCAAGUAAGGCUAUGGAAAGAUAUGAAAGACUGGCACGUCUUGGAGAAGGAAGUUAUGGGGUUGUCUUCCAAUGCAGAGACCGACAAACUGGCAAAUUAGUGGCUGUCAAAAAAUUUCAACAGACAGAAGAUGAUCCACUCAUUAGGAAGAUAGCUCUUAGAGAGAUACGUCUUCUUAAGAAUCUUAAGCAUCCAAAUUUAGUGAAUCUAAUAGAAGUCUUUAGGAGGAAACGGAAAUUACAUUUAGUUUUUGAGUACUGUGAACACACACUUUUGCACGAAAUGGAAAAAUAUCCAAAGGGAUGUCCCGAUAUAACGACAAAACAAUUUACGUGGCAAAUAUUACAAGGUGUGGCCUAUUGUCAUCGACUUGGAAUUGUUCACAGGGAUGUGAAACCAGAAAAUAUUCUCCUCACAGCCGAUGGAAUUAUUAAACUCUGUGAUUUUGGUUUUGCCAGAAUGUUAAGUCCUGGUGAAAAUUAUACGGAAUAUGUCGCAACAAGAUGGUAUCGAGCACCAGAAUUGUUGGUUGGUGAUACGCAAUACGGUACGCCAGUCGAUGUUUGGGCGAUUGGCUGUGUUUUUGCGGAAUUAGUAAGAGGAGAGGCUCUAUGGCCUGGAAAAUCUGAUGUUGAUCAAUUGUACCUGAUUAGAAGAACUUUAGGCGAUCUCUUGGCGAGGCACAUGGCUAUUUUUCAGCAAAAUGAAUUCUUCGCCGGUGUUACUCUACCCACUCCACAGUCUUUAAUUCCACUGGAGAAUACACUUCCAGAAAAAGCCAGUACUCCAGUGCAGCAGAUUGACUUUCUAAAAAAAUGCCUAAAUAAGGAUCCAGAAGAAAGGUGGACUUGCGAUCAACUUUUGCAACACAUGUAUUUUGAAAAUUUUAAUUUUCAAAUGCCACACAGUGAUCCGGAUGAAUUUGAAAAACUAAAAAAGUAUCGCGAGCGAUCUAAAAAUGCAAAUUACAAUCAAAUGGUGCUGCCUCAACUUCCUAAAGCUGUGCUUAAUCACAAUCAAAGUGAAAUCCGUCCACGAAGCUCAUCAUUGCAUCAGCAAUCCUUCGAUCAUUUACCGACUAUAAGAGGCUAAAACAGUCUCAAUUGUACAUUUAUUGAAAAAAAAAUAUACAUAUUAUAUAUAUAUUUCCCUAAACAUAAAAAAUAUUUCGACUUUUACGCUUCUUUGUAAAAAGUUGUAUGCUUUCGUUAGGAAUAAUUGCGAAAAUCGCAACCUAACAUUUGAGAUUCAUCUCUUUUUAUUUAUAACUAUUUAUUUACGUCGCUUUACUUUCUGAGUGA